CAUAAAAUUUAGUGCGCAAGGAGCAUCAGCAGCAGGAACAGGAACAAAAACAAUAUUUCCGAGACACGUUAAUAAAAGGCACAGCAAAUUUUGUAAAGGACCAGAGGACGAAGCAUUCAUUUGUAGCAAAAUCGUGGAAAAAGGACACUGAAUUUUUGGCUUGGGGACCUACAGAAAAGCAUAGAAGUGUAAGAUGUUGCAUUUUUAGGAGCAAAACAAGAAUAACAUCAGGAAGACAAAGAAGAAGGAGAAAGGGAUAAAGGAGAAAACUGCAUUGGCAAAUCAUUUGGUGUGUUUGUUUUAGCAAAGCUAAGCAAGUGGAAUUACCUCUAAAGAGGACCAAGCAACGAACAUAAAAAGGAUCUGCAGUGAAAAUAGAAUAACGGAACUGAAUUACAAAAAAAAACAUCCAACAGAAUACGUGAGGGAAGCUCCAGAACAGCAGGGGAGCUCUGGAAGACUCUGGAACAGAUUAAAAGAACGGGACACCAUGUAUAAGACCAUUAGGCACGGUGAAAACAGUCUGCAGUAUACGAUUCUACCGCAGAAUGACGACUUCCGUAUCGAGGGCAAACUUUCCGGUUCCGGACGCUCAGCUUCCGGCGGGGGAGGAGCCUCGUCCUCUGGUUCUUCCUCCUCUUCUUCGGGAUCUGUCAAAGUCAAGGGUCAACGUCGCAGACGAUCCUUCUUUGCCUACUUGGGCCUUAUUUUCGUGUGCACCGUUAUCAUUGGAGCAGUGCUUAUACCCUUUUUGGUUUCUGCCGAAUGUCUACCAAACCCAACGGAAUGGUUCUUGAAGACCAAAGCGGCCCUGAUCCACAGCCCACAAAGGGGCGGAUCGGGAGGUGGUGGAGAACCGGCAGCUAAUCCCGUAUUACCCACAGGAUCACCUCAGCUGCAGCAGAAUGUGGGAAGAAAUGUGCAAAUUGUCAACCGCAAUGGAGUGGAGCAGUUUGUGCUCCGCUUGAAUAAAACCAAUCCGAAUUCCAUUACCACCAGUAGCUCCACUACCACGACAGCCACUUCAACCAGCAGCAGCACCACCACUACAACUACGCCAGCUCCCACUCAAACAACAGUAACCACCACCACAACCAGGGAGCCAGCAGUGACCAUUCCAAAAUACAUGCCACCUGCCACCACUAUCACGACGCGAAUUAUCCAGGUCCCCUUGCUUAAAUCCGCCGCCAAGAAACCCAUCAUACCACCUGUUCUGGCCAAAGCCCAAGGACUACAAAUCCAGAACGGAGCCGCUCAGAACUCCAGGAUGCAAGUACAAUCAGAAGCGGAUGGGAAGAGUCAGGACUCGGGAACUCUGCAGUAUGACGAGAAGAGCAACAGCGCUUGGAUAAAGACGCACUGGCCCUACAUCGAUCCCUCAACCUACUUUCAGUGGGACGGCUACAAGGAUGAGGAUAGCGUGCUGUUGCCCGCUCUUUUGGGCUUCGCCCUCAUCGGAGUGAUUCUGAUCAUAACGGUUUGCCUGGUUGCACGCAACAAGCGCACAAUUGUGUCCUCCGUUCGCAAGCGAAAUCGCAAUGACAUCGAGGAGCAGGGCGCCGAGGAUAACGCUACUCUGCUUACUACCGCCAAUAUGUCAGAUGACGAUUAAUUUAAGCUCGUCUAGGUGAUUCCCAAAUUUUUCCCAAUUAAUCUUCGAUUUAACCAUUUUGUUAUUCGGUCUGCUCAAGCGAUCGAAGCUUGAUGAAAUUUUGUUCACUUUCGUUUUUGAGACAGGCACGUAUUUACCUAGAUCUUAAGCUAAGAAUGCCCCACAAUUUAUAAUAUGUAUAUUGGAUCUCAGCGCUGUCCAAAAAGCCAAGCAUAUAUGCUAAAAAACUGAUCGCAGUCCCGAAACACAAAAACUUUCUCUGUUAUGUUUCUUCAUCCCUUUCUCCAAAAAAGCAAGCGGAUAAUGAAACAAAAAAAAAAAAACUAAAAGAAAUCCAAAAAUGAAGAAGACUGUUUCUGAAACAACAUCACAAGCGAGCUAAUCUGUAUAGUUUUCCAAAAAAUGUUUCCUGCUUUGAUAAAUCUUUUUUCGAAAGUAUUUUUUUCCCCUGCCCAAUUGUUGUGUGCGUCUCAGUGUGUGUGUGAGUGUAUGUGUGUGUGUGUGCGUAAGAAAGCUUAAUUUCAUGAUCUAUAAGGAUAUAAAAGUAAAUAUAAAGUAUUCAUAAUAUAUGCAUGAGCUAGCUCUAUAAUUUGAGUUGGAAAAUCAGAAAUUUUUAAGGAACGAAAACUUUCCAUUUAUCACAAAAGUUAAGUGAACGAACUACAGGUACAGUGCGUUUCAGGGUUUCAAGGUCCUAGUAAAAUAUAUAUACAAAUGUAUGCAAAUAUGCAAAAUUCAUCUAAAAUAUGUACUUUUUAAGCUUAAGCGAGCUUUUUUAAACAUCAUUUUACUCCAAAAAGCGAUUAGAAUAAUUUUUAAACCACCUUGAACACUACCUUGCAACUCUAAAUCGCAUUGUACCGCUAAAAAUUUACUUGGAAAAUUCGUAAGAUAUAUAAGCUAGAAAUGUCACCAGAUCGUGUGAACCCUAGGAAAGCACACUCAAAUCAAAUGAAAACGUCCAGAAACGAGUAUAUUUUUUGCGCAAGCAGUGCUUCUAAUUAUGUAUCAAGUGAGGACUAUAAUUGAUUUCCAGCACUAAACUAUUGAGGGAUGCAUUUACGCCUGGGCAAGGAUCUAUAUCUUGAUUCGAAUCCGGGCUAGGAUCCUUCACAGCUUGUAACCAAAGAGCACUCUAAAAGCUUGCCAAGGAAAUCCAGAUGGGGCAGUAAAACCGAGGAGGGAAUAAAGUUCGUAGCGGGGGACUAAUGUAUGUCUAUAUAACUGUGUAUAACUGUGAAGCAUUGACAAGUAUUUGAGAAGAUCUGUAUUUUUGUAAGCGUAAUAUUUAAAGCGACAACCAAUAACAAAACAAAUCCAGAGAAGCAACUAUAUAGCGUCACUCGCAACACAAAAAUGAUUUGCUCAACAUAUACACACCCAUAAUAUAUAUAUACAAUUAUAGAUAAGUAUAUAUAUAUAUGAAUAUAUAUAUAUACAAUAAUAUGUAACGCAAAGUAUAAGGCUUGCAUUUACAUUUACGAGCAGGAUAUAUCCUCCAUAUGUAUAUGUUAUCACUAAUUUGCAAAGCUAAACUAAGUCCAUGUAUACAAAACAGAUAUCCGGCGGAAAAUGACAAACACACACAGUAUAUUGAAUGUUUUUGCUUGUUAAAGUGAAUAUUUAAAAAAUAAA